CUACACUCUUCCUCCCCGUAUCUCUGGAUCUUUCUCAGUUUUUUAUUCUUUUUAAACCUGAGUGCUGUGACUCCAGACCGUUUCUAUCUUCUUCUUGUUUGACAUCAUCACCAUGAGUGCGAAGCUGUGGACAGAGGAGCAGUUUAACUGCCCCGUGUGUCUGGAUCUCCCAAAUGAUCCAGUCACCAUCCCCUGUGGUCACAGCUACUGCAUGGCCUGCAUUAAGGACUACUGGAGCAAGGACGACCCCAAAGGGAUCUACAGCUGCCCCCAGUGCCGACAGACCUUCUGCCCAAAGCCCUCCUUGUCCAGGAACACCAUGCUGGCUGAGGCUGUGGAGCAGCUCCGCAAAGGGGCCCUCGCAUCCGAGGUACGCGAAUCCAUGCGAAGCGCCCGUGGCAAGGCCUCCUCCUCAUCUAAAUCCAAAGGCAAGCUGCCCUCUUCUGCCGUGCCCUGCGACAUGUGCAAAGGCGAACGGAAAGCAGCGGUGAAGAGCUGCCUCGUGUGCAUGAGCUCCUACUGCGACGCCCACCUGAAGCCCCACCAGACCCAGAGGGACCUGAAGCCGCACGAGCUCAUCGCUCCCACGGGCAAUCUGCCCGACAAGAUCUGCACCCAGCACAAGUAUCUGCAGGAGUUCUUCUGUCGCCAGUGCAAGAUGUUCGUGUGCUGGCUGUGCACCAGCAACCAGCACAAAGGUCAUGAGUGUGUGUCCACCAAGGCCGAGCGAAUGGAGAAACAGAAAUUGCUGUCGGAGAUGCAGACGGAGAACCACCAGAGGCUGAAAGAAAGACAGCAGGAGCUGAAAGACUUGAAGAAGAUGAUGGAGGUGGUGAAGCGUUCUUCAGACAAGGUGCACGACGAUGUGGACCUGGUACUGUCGGAGCUGCGUCGCUCGGUGGAGCGUCUGCAGGAGCUGCUGGAGGAGGCGCUGGACCAGGCCAGCAUGGAGAAGAUGGGCCAAGCCCAGGAGGUGGCCGACAGCUUGACGGCUGAGAUUAAGGUGCUCAAGAGGAGGGACGCUGAGAUGAAGGACAUGAUACGCUGUGAGGACCACAUCUACUACCUGCAGACAUACGAGUCCAUUUGCAGUCCUCUUGAGUCCGGGGACCUGCCUCCUGUGCAGGUUAAUCCUGAAGCUUCUUUUGAGCCUGUGCGAGACGCCAUCUUGGACCUAAGGGAGCGAGUGGAGGAUCUGUGCAACCAGGAGCUCGGCAAGAUCACCAAACAAGUCAACGAUACGACUCUGUUCACUUUGGGAGACGCCAACCGGAACGCAGGACAGAAAGGAGGAAUCUUUAAAUUGUUUUCUGGUUUGGGUGCCCGCAACACAAACACUCGUUCACCAGCUCCUGUACCCUCCAUCUCAAUUGGAGCGCGGAGUACAGACAGGAGAGGACUCGGUAUCGGCCUCAAGAGUCAGGAUGUGAGGAGCAGAGACACUCCACGAGACAGAGGUAACACAAGCUCACCCAGACUACGGGACAGACAGAGGAGAGAGGAGCCAGCGAGAGAAGCCAACCCCAGAUCUAGUCCCACUCCAAGCCGCAGAGAGUCUCAGUCUCUCUGGAGCAGGUCCAACUCCGUUGUCUCCACUGCAUCGAUGGCUCCGAGUCUCGCCCCAUCAUCUGCAACUCCUACUCCCACUCCCGCUCCUACUCCUGCUCCUACAGCUGCUGCUGCAUCAAGUGGACCUUUCAGUCGGAUGGCGUCGAUCAGCAGCAUCUUCCGCUCCCGCCGUGGCACCAACCAGGCCACCCCGGCUACUCCAGCUGCCCCUGGCAACAACACGCUGUCUGCAGGAGGAAACCCAUGGGGGAUGGCUGCUCUGUCCGAAACACCAACAGAAAUUGACCCCAGCCUCUUCUUGGACUCGCCAACUCCGGACACCAUGAAUCAUGCACCUGCUUUCCCCGCACUGAGAGAGAUCAGCCUUGACAGCAUCCAGGCCCCGGAGCCGAGGAGCAGAGAGGAGUUCCUGCAGUAUGCGGUGACCCUGACCCUUGACCCCAACACAGCCCACAAACGUCUGGCUCUGUCCGAGGGCAACACCAAAGCCACCCUGCAGGUGGCGGCGCAGCCUUACGCCGACACCCCGCAGCGCUUCGACGGCUGGACCCAGGUGAUGUGCCAGAGCCCGAUGUACGCCCAGCGCUGCUACUGGGAGGUGGAGUGGAGAGGGCGGGGCUCCUCGAUGGGCGUGGCCUACGCGGCUCUGAACAGGAAGGGCUCGGACGCCAGGUCCGGGCUCGGGUACAACGCCCAGUCGUGGACCAUGGAGCUGUCGGACACCUGCUGCUCGGCCAUGCACGACAACCAGAAGAAGGACAUACCGGUCGCCUACUCCCCCCGUCUGGGCAUCUACCUGGACAUGACGGCGGGGACGCUGACGUUCUACAGCGUGGAAGUGAGCAUGACGCACCUCCACACCUUCCGGGCCAACUUCACCCAGCCAGUGUACGCUGCCUUCGGGGUCGGGAGCGGAGUCGGGGUGGGUUUGGACUUCGCCCUCGGCCAGUUCAACUCCAGCUCUGACAGCAUCAAGAUCUGUCCCCUGUGAGGCUGCAGCCUGGAGGACUGACCAGACUCGCUGGGACAAAAUGACUGAAAGUGUUUGUGUCGUGUAGUUGCAGCUGAUUCCUUCCUUUUUUUUUUUUUCCUGAAUGAAUUUAAAUGCACUUUGUGAAAGAAAACUAACCCUUCUAAACUUCUCAAAAGGCAAAUAUUGUAUUAUAUCUGGAAAAAGAAACGCAUGGAUUACUUUGUUUGUUUUGAGAUCGUGACCCAUUUUCCAUAAAGUCCGAGUCAUAAACACACACACAGACAGUCA